AUGGCUAUUGAUAAUGAUAAAGAAGUUGAUGUUUCUGAUGCUUCCUUUUCCAUUUCCUUGGCCGAAAAUCAGCCUGAAAGUAAUGAACAAAUGCCAACAACAAAUCCACCACAACCUAUUGAUUUGGAUGUUCAAAAGAAGAAAAGGAAAGUUGGAGAACCUGAUGAUUCUAAUGUCGAUGAUUCUAAUGCUGGAGAUGCAGGUAAACAAAAACCUUGUAGGCCUAAAUCUUGGGUUUGGGAUCAUUUUACAAGAGAUGAUUCGGGUACUCAGGCUAAGUGUAAUUGGUGUACGAAAUCUUAUGCGGCUGAUUCACACAAGAAUGGAACCUCAAAUUUAAAUAACCAUUUGGUGAAUCAAUGUAAAAAAAUUCCCAAGAGUGUUCUUGAUCCUACUCAAACCACUCUUAGCCUUCAAGAAGGCUCUAGUAAUGCACUUGUUGGUAUUCAUUUUGAUGUUGAAUUGUGUAGACAAGCUUUAGCUAGAAUGAUAAUCGUGGACGAGUUACCUUUUUCUUUUGUUGAAAAUGAAGGAUUUCGUCAUUUUAUGAGUGUUACACAACCUAGGUUCCCACUUCCAGGAAGGCUUUCAAUUGCUAGGGAUUGUUUGAGUCUUUACACUAGUGAGAAACAUAAGUUAAUAAGCAUGUUUACUAAAACAAAACAAAGUGUCUGUCUAACAACUGAUGCUUGGACUUCUGUGCAAAAUAUUAAUUAUAUGGUGAUUACUGCGCAUUUCAUUGAUCAAGAUUGGAAGAUGCAUAAAUGGAUUCUUAAUUUUUGUCCUAUAACAUCUCAUAAGGGAGAGAUAAUCGGAAAAAAGAUUGAAAAGUGCUUGGAGGGUUGGAUGAUUGAUUACUGCGCUAUACACUUUAUUUAA